AUGUAUAUGGUUCCAGAACAAGCCCCACAAGUGCGCGUGCUGCCCGCGUUCGUUCCCGACGCCCGGCGAACUGCGGGCCCACGCCGCCGCCGCACGACAUGCCUGGCCACACGCAUGGACACUUACACGUACGAUAUACACACUAAUUCUCAUCAUCAUCAUCAUCUUACUACUUACAUCUUACAUCAUGAUAAGACUGCACGGUUGGCGCAGUGGCUCGGCAACUGGCUGCUAUGCUACGUGUCAAUUUGUGUGAUACACAAUUUUUGCGGGUCUGAGUGGCUUGUGUACAGUACGGCCGACGUAUCUUGGCGAGUCUAA